CGGUGGUAUUUAGUGGGCCUCUUCCCACCCUCCGAGCCGAAGGGCCCCCUAAUUCUUCCCUAAUUCUUCCCUCUUCCCUGAUCUCUUUCCCCCCCCAAACCCGGAACCAAAUUUUCUUUUCUCCCUUCCCCUCCCCCCCCAGGUCUUUCCUUCCCACCACCACGACACUACCGCCACCCCCCCAUCACCAUCAUGACCGCUAAGCACGAUUCCGAGGCCACCGUGGCCGUAAACAUCGAGGAGCUCCGUAAUUCCAAGGAUGCUGUCAUCAUGCGCCUCAUGGCGCUGCAAUCCUACAUUGCCGACCUGAGCAAGGCCUACGUUGAGCACGUCAACAAUGUCAUCAACGGUGACUCGGCCACGAUUGACAUUCCCGCUAUGCCCACCGGUCUGACCUUCCACGCGGAGGCCGCCCGCGCUGCUAGCCCCGGUGUCAAGUCCGAGGCUGGCGGUCCGAAGAAGCGCAAGCGUGCGCCGGUGGACCCCAACGCCCCCAAGCGUGCCCUGACUCCUUACUUCCUGUACAUGCAGCAAAACCGCACCAAGAUCGCCGAGGAUCUGGGUGGCAGCGCCAAGCCCAAGGAUGUUGCCGACGAGGGUACUCGUCGCUGGCAGACCAUGGACCCCAAGGAGAAGGAGAUCUACAAGUCGCAGUACCUCGAGAACUACGAGGCGUACAAGCGCGACAUGGCCGCUUACAAGGCCGGUCGCAAGACGGGCGAUGACGAUGCUGCCAAUGACCAGCUCCAACAGAGCAUUGCCGGUAUCAACGCAGUGUCCGAGUCCUCGGACGACGAGACCUCCGAAUCCGAGGAGGAAGAGGUUGAGGAGGAAUCUCCGUCCCCGCCUCAGCCCGUGAAGCAGAAGACCCCUCCUAAGAGCGCCGGCGCUAAGCGCCGUCGUAGCGACGUCAAAGCCGUGAAGGAGGUUGCCGAGUCUCCCGUUAAGCCCGCUUCACCCGUGAAGAAGGGCCGUAAGGCCGUCGAAGUUCCUUCGGUCAAGUCUACCCCCGCAGAGACUAAGCGCCGGACCAAGAAGCGCAAGAGCGAGGUUUAAGUGAUGGAGAGGUAAACCGUGACUGUGCACAUGAAGAAGAGUUAAAGAGGUAUAUGACGCGAUUUCUUAUUGGCCGUGAUUUUCGGGUUACCUAGGAAGGGGGAGGGAGUCAUUUUCAUUUCGUUUCACUUUCUCGUUGAUUUUUCGCUUUGGAGAAGAAUCCGGGGUUCCCACGGGCGGGGGAAGCGUGCAAGUCUUUGGAGACUUUGAUGGCGAGGGCGUUGGUGUCAAAAGUUGUAAUUAUGGAGCUUUGAUUGAUCCGUCUUGGGGUGGAGGUCGGAUAUCCCAAACCUCCCCCUCCUGACUCCCAAGCUUCCCCUACGCUACGAGGCUCCGAAAUCACCACUCUUGUCGGUCUACCGAGAAUAUGGAUUCCGUCGAAAGGAAGAGAAUAAAGAAGCCUAUAACCAAGGCGGAUACAAGCCUCAUUCAACCCAAAAUAAUAAAGUCCAUUUCGUGUUUCCCUUUA